UCUCUCUCUCUCUCUCUCUCUCUCUCUCUAGUAUCUUUCUGUGUUUGUUCUUGUUUUCAGAUACCUAAGGUUUCGAUCGAGUUCAAGGUACUCUCUCUUGGAAGUUCUUCUCUCUGUUUCUAUUUUCCUUCGUUUCUUCUCAUUUUGCGAUUUGAAUCUGCUCUUAGGGUUUGGAUCGACGGAUGACCCUUGCAAUGUUCAAAUUUGAUGAUUUCUAUUAUUCGAUGAAUGCAAUUCAGUUUUAUUUUUUCAUUUCGAUUUUUUUUUUUGUUUUUUGCUUCUUAAGCCUGAAAAUUCAAUAUGUUUUUAUUUUGUCUGAUCAUAUUUCUCCAUUUUGCCUCUGUUUAUCUACUUAGAAAUUGUCAGAAACUAAAAUUGAAGAAAUUGAGUUUGAUUCUUUAGCUCUGUUUUUAGUCCCUUAGAAUGAAAAUUAAGAUGAGAGUUUUAUGUUGUACAUUUUUCUGAUGAUAUUUAUAGUUUUUGCCUUUGUUUUGUUGCUGAGAAAAUAAUGCUGAAAAAGAAAAAAUAUGCAGUAAAGUUGUUGACAAAUUCUCAUGAGAUACAAAAGUUUUUAAAUUUGCGGGACAUUAUAUAGUGAUUAUUGGUUUAGAUAAGAUAUAUGAUAGGUUUCCUAAAUAGCAUUAUGAGCUGUUAGAUAGAUAUAAUGUGUAUAGUUUUGGAAAAUAAAGGAGCAUUAGUUAGAUAUGUUGAUGUAAUUAAAGAUAUAUAUGUAUGUCUGAGUUGUAACUAUUGUUUAAACAGAGGAGAAGCUUGUGAAUUUCUAAUGGUAAUAGGUUUACAAUAAAAAAAAUCAAUACUAGGUCCUUAUCUUUUGGCAUUAGUUAUAAAUGAAUCUAUUAGGAACAUUCAAGAGGAUAUCGUAUUAUUUGUAGACUAUAUAGUUUUAGUUGAUGGCAUAAGAGGAGUAAACUUUAAUCCAGAAUUGUGGAGACAAAAUUUGGAAUCUAAAGAAUUUAAGCUAAGCUGGAUUAAGACAACAGUUUGUACACUGCUUCAGGAUUGAAGUCCUAUUCCUUCACCUGAUAAAUCUUAUUUUGUAAGUGGUUGUUGGUGUACAUUGAGCUGUCCUAGAUCAUAGUCCAACAGCAAUAGAGUUGUCCUACAUCAUGAAAACUCCUAAUUUUCAAACAACCCUAUAAGUUCUCAUUACAUCAUGACCCAAACCCCACCCUAUGCUGAUUUGGCAUUGUGACCAGCCAACAGCAAUUGUGGACUGAAAUUUAACUAUUUACAUGAUUUGUGUUACUGAAUUUGCCUGCUUUUCCAUUAGGUUACAAAACACCAGAAGCCAAAGAAAGUAACUUUGUACUGGAUGCAUUAUACAUGUGGGAUUGUUGGUUUCUCGGUCUGUUCAAUUGGGUCUUGAAGCAUAGUAGAUUGAUGGGAAGCUCUGACAUUGACAACUGGAUUCGUGAGGCAAAGGACUCGACUUUUAGCUUUUGGAAUGACCAUGUAGAGCGACUGAGCAAUCAUAUUGUGGCACUAAAGGUGCUUUUCAAGAGCCAGCUGAAACAGUCUCAGGUUGAGCAUCAGCUUUGCCAUGAAGUUGAAAUCCAGAGUCAUCUUAGACACCCUAAUAUUCUACGCCAUUAUGGAUACUUCUAUGAUCAGAAAUGAGUUUAUUUGAUAUUGGAAUAUGUAGCCAAGAAUGAACUGUACAAGGAGCGGCAGAAGUGUACUUACUUUAGUGAAAGACGUGCUGCUACUGUGAGUAUCCAUGUCAUAGUUACUUCUUUCUCUUUGUCAUUUGGCUUACAAUGCCUAGUAUAUCUUGAGUCAUGUUACUCUUUACUUCCGGUGGUUCUUUCUAGUUGGAACCCUGAUAAAAAGUUACCGUUGGUUCUUUUCCAUCAGAGUCAAGUAAAUUUAGAUUUUUGCGUUGUGUUGCAUCAUGAAUGGGAUCUGUAUAUUUUCAGAUUCCAUGGGCAACAUUGUAUAUACAAUUUUAGUCUUGAGCACAAUGCAAGUGGUUCCUAUUAAGCAAUAAUCAAGACUAAAUCUGUUAUAAAUGUGUCAAAGCCUGCUUGCUGAAACAAAGAAGUUUCUAGGAAGUUAAAUACCCCCAGUCAUGUUAAUCUUAGUGUGUUCGUUGU